AUGAUUUACUUUAUCUUUUCUACUUUCUUCCUUUCACUUUCUUCCUCUGUCUUUCUAACUUUUUCUCUCAUUCUGUUUAUAUUCUCUCCAUCUUUCGCUUUCAUUUUCGUCUUUUCUCACUUCCAUUCACUCAUCUCUCUUUGUCGAGAUCCUUCUCUCUCUUUAUUGUCGCUUUCUAUUUUUACUGACUCACUUUCUAUCAUUCUUUUAUUGUUGCUCUCUCCUUUCUCUCUUCCUUUUCUCUCCAUUACUAUUAGCCCCUUACCUUCACUCUCUUCCUCUUUAAUUCCUUUUUUGUCUAUCUCACAUUUUCUUACUUCUCUAUCCUUCUCUCUAUUAUUCUCCAACACUCUUCUUUUAUUUCUUUAUUUUUUCUUCUCUUCUUUCUCUCUCUCUCUCUCUCUCUUAACACUGUCUUUUAUUUCUCUGUUCCGUUCUUCCUUUUUUUUCAUUUCAUCCCCCCUCACUUUCUCUCUCUUAACACAAUCCUUCUUUUCUUUUUUCCACUCUCCGUUUUUUCUUUCUUUCAUUUCAUUCGUCUUUUCCACUUCCUUCUCUCUCUCUCUCUCUCUCUCUCUCUCUCUCUCUCUCUCUCUUAACACUGUUUUAUUUCUCUGUUCCGUUCUUUUUUUUCAUUUCAUCCUCCCUCUUUUCUCUCUUAACACAAUCCUUCUUUUUUUUUUUUUCCACUCUCCGUUUUUUUCUUUCUUUCAUUUCAUUCGUCUUUUCCACUUCCUCUCUCUCUCUCUCAACUUUCUGUUCGUUUUUUCUCUUUUCCGGUCAUCUUUUUUUAAUAAUGAAAACACAGAGAGAUUUCUAUUUUUUAUGAUAAUUGCUUCUAUCUCAUUUUUUCCUUUCUUCAUCUACGCUAUCAUUUUUUUUGUGUUUUUCUUUUAUUCCUUUUCUCUCUUUAACUCUUUCUCUCUCUCUGUUUCAAAUCCUCUCAUUUCUUCCAUUCUUUUUUCUUUCAGACAACAUUCUUUUCUCGAAAUUUAUUCUUGA